AGCCAUACCUGCGCUGCAGAAACCCGCCCAACUUCAAAAUAACGGCGACAAGAAAAGAUGACCUCCAGUCGUCCAGGCAAAUGCAAAAUAUGUGGUUAAUAGCUUAAUGUGGAAGAGCAUCAGAUAAUACUAGUUAAAAAAUAAUAAUUACGAUACUUAUUUAGGGUUAUGUCAAUGCAAUUGACUAUUAUUUGAACCAUUUGUUGUAGAAAGAAAAGGGUACAUUCUAAAGGACAAUGUUACUCACUAAAACGUCAUCGUUGAAAUGGAUACGCGCGUUAUUUGCUAUGUGGCUGCAUCUGACUGUGUGGGAAACGAUGGAGGCUAUCCAUCCAGACUGUGCCCUGGUCUCUCAUCACAUGAAGUCCCAGGAGAGCUGUAUCCACACACGCAGACAGGAAGGCCGGAACCGCUCUGCCAGGACAGGGUGUCGUACAGAGUGGGAUGAUAUCAGAUGCUGGUCACGGGCUGAGGUGGGCCAGAUUGUCAACGUCUCCUGCUCAGACGUCUCCCAGCUCUUCGCCAACAAAGGCUACAUCUUCAGGAACUGUACGAAGGCUGGCUGGACAGAGCUGUACCCUACAUAUGAGGAGGCCUGUGAGUUCGCAGAUGAGUCAGAGACAGGAUCAGAGACAACAUACUUCUACACCAUCAGUCAGGUGUACACCGCUGGAUAUGCCACCUCCCUCGUCUCCCUCAUAUCAGCCAUCUUUGUCUUCACUGUGUUCAGGAAGUUCCACUGUACCAGGAACUACAUCCACAUCAACCUAUUUUCCUCAUUCAUCCUGAGAGCCAGUGCCGUUUUCAUCAAGGACGGAGUUCUGUUCGCUGAUGAGAACCUGGACCACUGCUUCAUGUCCACAAUGGCGUGUAAGUCAGCGGUGGCCUUCUUCCAGUUUAGCAUCCUGGCUAACUACUUCUGGCUGCUGGUGGAGGGCAUGUACCUCCAGACCCUCCUGGCCCUCACCUUCGUCUCACACAAGAAGUACUUCUGGUGGUACACACUCAUCGGCUGGGGUCUCCCAACUACAAUACUGUUGGUGUGGGUUCUGACACGCAACUUCUAUGAUAACCGAGGUUGCUGGGACGACACUGAUGUGGCCUUCAUCUGGUGGAUCAUCAAAGGGCCAAUAACAGCAUCAUUACUGGUCAACUUCAUCAUCUUCAUCAAUGUGAUCCGUAUUCUGGUACAGAAGCUCAAAUCUCCUGGCGUGGGGGGCCACGACACUGGCCACUUCAUGAGGCUGGCUAAAUCCACUCUGUUCCUGAUCCCUCUGUUUGGGAUGCACUACAUGGUGUUUGCCUUCCUACCAGAAAACACAGGAGAGGAGGCCCGUAUCUUCAUAGAGCUGGGCCUGGGAUCCUUUCAGGGCUUUGUGGUGGCUCUGCUCUACUGUUUCCUAAAUGGAGAAGUGCAGGCAGAGCUGAAGAAGCAUCUAUGGAAGUGGCAGAUCCAGGGUUAUCUGCGCUACAGUAGGAGAAGACGUACCCUCUUCACAGAGAGCUCCACUGUCACACAGAUCUCUGUUCUGGAGAAGUCCUCCCCCAAGGAGUUGCCCUGCAUCAGCGACACACACACACUCACACACAUCGACAAACACACACUCACACACACUUCUGUCCCGAGCUGUACUGACACACAAACACUCACACACACUGACACACAAACACUCACACACAGCUCUGUCUCAAUCUGUGACGACACAAACACUCUCACACACAACACCGAUUCACUCACACACAACUCAACAGUCUGAGAGAACAAAAAAUCCCGCUAUCUCUCUCUAUUCCCAAUCCUCCCUCUUCUUUUCUUCCUCCCCUCUCUCAAGGAUGGACUACACCUUGACUCUGCAGUGCCCAAAUCUCAGAUAGGCCUCUCAGUCUAGAGAGAUCUAAAUGUUGUUCCAUAGACUGAGCUGUCUGUUGUGUUGACUCACUGGCUUGGCUAUGUGGCUCCAUAGACUGAGCUGUCUGUUGUGUUGACUCACUGGCUUGGCUGUGUGGCACCAUAGACUGAGCUGUCUGUUGUGUUGACUCACUGGCUUGGCUGUGUGGUUCCAUAGACUGAGCUGUCUGUUGUGUUGACUCACUGGCUUGGCUGUGUGGCUCCAUAGACUGAGCUGUCUGUUGUGUUGACUCACUGGCUUGGCUGUGUGGUUCCAUAGACUGAGCUGUCUGUUGUGUUGACUCACUGGCUUGGCUGUGUGGCUCCAUAGACUGAGGAAGAGUAAUACAAAAAAAAGCAAAUUAUCGCAAUGGCCACAGAUUGACCAGAUUCCCAAAUGAAGCAAACUUUAUAGUGUCUACAAUAUACUGUAUCUUCCAUAGUACAAGUAAAUACACAGCCUUGUCUGUCAGGGCUUUCUAAAUGGACUGUGCUGUGUUUGGGUGGGUUGCUGCUAUUGUUGCCAGACAUGGACUUGCUGGCUGUGUGGUCUGGACACUAGACACUACUGGACUCUAGUGGAAGCUAGUGGACUCCAGUGGACUGCGCUUAUGUCCAUAGUAGAAAUGAACUGGCCCCGGUGUGUUAGAAAUGCAGAGUAGUGAUAAAUUUAACAUAUUGAUUGAGAGGAAGAGGUUCAACUGACCUCUCUCCCCUCAUCAACCUGAAGGAAGAGGUUCAACUGACCUCUCACCUCUCAUCAACCUGUAGGAAGAGGUUCAACUCACCUCUCUCCCCUAAUCAACCUGAAAGAAGAGGUUCAACUGAUCUCUCUCAUAAACCUGAAGGAAGAGAUUCAACUGACCUCUCUCCCCUAAUCAACCUGAAAGAAGAGGUUCAACUGAUCUCUCUCAUCAACCUGAAGGAAGAGGUUCAACUGACCUCUAUCCCCUCAUCAACCUGAAGGAAGAGGUUCAACUGAUCUCUAUCCCCUCAUCAACCUGAAGGAAGAGGUUCAACUGACCUCUAUCCCCUCAUCGACCUGAAGGAAGAGGUUCAACUGAUCUCUCUCCCCUCAUCAUCCUGAAGGAAGAGGUUCAACUGACCUCUAUCCCCUCAUCAACCUGAAGGAAGAGGUUCAACUGACCUCUAUCCCCUCAUCAACCUGAAGGAAGAGGUUCAACUGACCUCUAUCCCCUCAUCAACCUGAAGGAAGAGGUUCAACUGACCUCUAUCCCCUCAUCAUCCUGAAGGAAGAGGUUCAACUGACCUCUAUCCCCUCAUCAACCUGAAGGAAGAGGUUCAACUGAUCUCUCUCCCCUCAUCAUCCUGAAGGAAGAGGUUCAACUGACCUCUAUCCCCUCAUCAACCUGAAGGAAGAGGUUCAACUGAUCUCUCUCCCCUCAUCAACCUGAAGGAAGAGGUUCAACUGACCUCUAUCCCCUCAUCAACCUGAAGGAAGAGGUUCAACUGACCUCUAUCCCCUCAUCAUCCUGAAGGAAGAGGUUCAACUGACCUCUAUCCCCUCAUCAACCUGAAGGAAGAGGUUCAACUGAUCUCUCUCCCCUCAUCAUCCUGAAGGAAGAGGUUCAACUGACCUCUAUCCCCUCAUCAACCUGAAGGAAGAGGUUCAACUGAUCUCUCUCCCCUCAUCAACCUGAAGGAAGAGGUUCAACUGAUCUCUCUCCCCUCAUCAACCUGAGGAGUACAGAGAAGAACAACCAUUUCUACCUUAUGGAUUGUAAAUGCAACAUGUUGCACAGUGCACAAGCAUGUAUGGAGCACUACACUGUAAAGAUGAUUAUUUAUGUAGACCUUGUUUUUUGUUGUUAUUAAUUGUCUUAAAACCAGUUGAGCUGACAGCCGUUUUGUACUGUUUCGCUAUGGCUUUAGUCAUCCAUCUAGCAAGAGGGCAAUAUUUUAAUGGUGUAGUGUUGUUUUCCCCCAGUUAGCUAUGACCUUUGGCUUUCACCUGGAAUUGUUAUCUAUGUCUGAGGAAAAAAAAACACUUUUCAACCCAUAUGAUCUAGUACACAGUAAAAGUAUACUAAAACAAAUACAACAAUUAUGAAAUGACAAAAUAACAUACAGUUGGGAAUGAAUAAGCCUUUUCAUACUUUAUAAUAUGUCCAUAUAUAGUUAUAAUCUGUUUUCGGAACAUCUACACAAAAUAUUUCACAUUCUUUAUUACUUGACCAAACACACAGUUCCUUCGGAAAGUACUUUCUCCACAUGUUGCUACGUUACAGCCUAGUUCUAACAUGGAUGAAAUGAAACUAAAUCCUCAGCGAUCGAUACACAAUACCCUUUAAUGAAAGAGCAAAAACAGCUUUUUAGACAUUUAGCAAAUGUAUAAAAAUGUUUUAACAGAAAUACCUGAUUUACAUAGGUAUCCAAACCCUUUGCUAAGAGAUUUGAAAUUGAGCUCAGGUGCAUCCUGUUUCCAUUGACCAUCCUUGAGAUGUUUCUACAACUGGAUUUGAGUCCACCUGUGGUAAAUUCAAUUCAUUGGCAUGAUUUGGAAAGGCACACACCUAUCUAUAUAAGGUCCCACAGUUGACAGUGCAUGUCAGAGCAAAAACCAAGCCAUGAGGUCGAAGGAAUUGUCCGCAGAGCGCAGAGAUAGGAUUGUGUCAAGGCACAGAUAUGGGGAAGGGUGCCAAAAAAAUUCUGCAGCAUUGAUGGUCCCCAAGAACUCAGUGAAGUUUGGAAUUGCCAAGACUCUUGGCCACCAGACCAAACUGAGCAAUCAGGGGAGAAGGUCCUUGGUCAGGGAGGUGACCAAGAACCACAUGGUCACUCUGACAGAGCUCUGGAGUUCCUCUGUGGAGAUGGAAGAACCUUCCAGAAGGACAACUAUGUCUGCAGCACUCUACCAUAAAGGUCUGAAUGGUGGAGUGCUGCAGACAUAGUUGUCCUCAUGGUCUGAGUAAAGACUCAGACCAUGAGAAACAAAAUUCUCUGCUCUGAUGAAACCAAGAUUGAACACUGAACUGAAUGUCAAGCGUCACGUCUGGAGGAAACCUGGCACCAUCCCUAUGGUGAAGCAUGGUGAUGGCAGAAUUAUGCUGUGGGGAUGCUUUUCAGUGGCAGGGACUGGGAGACUAGUCAGGAUCGAGGCAAAGAUGAACGGAGCAAAGUACAGAGAGAUCCUUGAUGAAAAUCUGCUCCAGAGGUCUCAGGACCUCAGACUAGGGAGAAAGUUGACCAAACAUGACAACAACACUAAGCACACAGCCAAGACAAGGCAGGAGUGGCAUUGGAACAAGUCUCUGAAUGUCCUUGAGUGGCCCAGCUAGUGCCCAGACUUAAACCUUAUUGAACCUAAAAAUAGCUGUGCAGCAACGCUCCCCAUCCAACCGGACAUAUCUAGAGAGGAUCUGCAGAGAAGAAUGGGAGAAACUCCCCAAAUACAGGUGUGCCAAGCUUGUAGCGUCAUACCCAAGAAGAUUUGCGGCUGUAAUCGCUGCCAAAGGUACUUCAAUAAAGUACUGAGAAAUGGUCUGAAUACUUAUAUAAAUGUAAUAUUUCAGUUUAUUUUUAAUAAAUUAGUAAAAACGUCUAAAAACCUGUUCAUGCUUUGUCAAUAUAGGGUAUUGUGUGUAGAUUGAUGAGGGAAAAAAAUAUUUAAUCAAUUUUAGAAUAAGGCUCUAAUGUAACAAAAUAUGGAAAAAGACAAGGGGUCUGAAUACUUUUCCGAAGGCUCUGUAUCAUGACAUUAAUGAUAGUCAAAAUCUGUUACAUUUGUGAAUGUCUCAAUCAACAUUUGGGCCAUUUAAACAGCAUGGUUCCCUCUUAUAGACAAGGGGAGAAGGGCUAUGUAAAGGCAUCGAUUAUGUCGCUCUGACCAUAUGCAAUGUGUCUGCCUCCAAAGUAAAACAAAUGUUUGACUUCCACACAAAAUGACUUCUUUACUUAUUUUAGGUUUAAGGAAGUGUGUAGAUUGCGUUCUUUAUCGUAGAGCUCUGUUGUAAUUUAGAUCUGCCUGCUCGAGACAAAUUCAGCAUUGCUUUGCCAUGUCUGUGCUGUGAAGCAGUCGAGCUGGAUAAAUGUUUUUCUAAGGACCGCCCCUUUGAUCUCACAUGGCAGUGAAGUGAUAUAAAUCGAUGUAAUGAUGAAACUGACCAGCAGAGGGAGGCAAAUACAAGUUUAUUCGACAGAGGAAGGUCUGCAUUGCUGUCUUCUGACAAGACAGUGGGAAGUCAAUAAAAUAAGUAAGGUAAACAUUUACAUAUUUUUAAAAGUAAUUCUAGUGCACCAUUUCAGGGACUGUCAGUUUAAGAGGUUUUAAUGUAGAAGUGUACAUAAACAUGAAUGAAUGAGAUUAUAGAUUGUUGAUAAGAGAUUAUAGAUGAUAGCGAUAUAGAGAUGUAUAGAUUAUAGAGAUAAUAGAAAUUAUAGAGAUGAUCGAUUAUAGAGAUGAUAGAUUAUAGACAUAAUAGAAAUGAUAGAGAUGAUAGAUUAUAGAUAGUCUAGAUUUGUUUUUCUUUUGAAACUUUAUACUCCCGUUUUCUUGGACAUUGCAUUUAUUUCGAGAUUUUAUUAACACCAAAGUCAGCGUAUUUAUGUCAAAACUGUUUCAAAGUGUUCUAUAUUUCUGAGCAAUCUGUACAACAUAUACCCAUUACACAUCUUAAUGAUUUAACUUUGAACAUGUUAAUAUUUUGUAUCAUAUACACAUAUAUGUAGGUACUAGGUUUAUUUAGUUGUAUAAUAAAAUGAGUAAAUUAAUAAAAUAUAAUACAACUUGCAUUUCAAUAGAAUUAUAUCAUUUGUAUAUCAAUUUAUUGACAAAUUGCAAAAAUGUGUUGUUACAUACUUCUUGUACCAACAAUACUUUUUAGGGAAAGGACAUUUUCAAGAGGUUGCAACUGUACAGUAUGAGUAUGUUUUCAGAUAUUUGUAUUGUGUAGUUGGGAAAAUGGACAGGUUUUGGAUUAUCUUGUCUGUUUAUUUCUUGGUGUCAAUAGUUGCAUCUCUCCACAAGGGAGCACUGUAGAAUCAUAUUUUAUGGGGGCCAUUUUAGUACCUUUCCAGAAGAUAAACAAAUCAGAAGUAAAUGGGUACUGUACAUGGUUAAAGUAUUCAGUGUAUAUAUACAUGAAACACUAUAUUAAAAAGCCAUUCAUGCUUUGGAGCUUGUGACCUCUUAUGUGAAUCUGUGAUUGUGGGAAAAGGAGGUUAUGGCUCAGACGAUGACCUCUGGUACCUUUACCAUGUACUACUGGUCUGUGUUGCUCAUAUAUGCAUCUGACAUGUAAGGCAAUCAUCCCGUGUAUUCAUAUCAUGAAUUAUAUCAAUUAUAAUAUGUCAUUUUUUUGUGGAAUAUGAUGAGCAUACUAUGCUAAGAUAUCCUGCACUUUGAUUCAUUUGAUAUAAAACAGCUGUAUACUCUAUUAUAACAUGGGCAGCAUAAUAUAAUAGUGUGCUUCUUUGUUGGGUUCAAAUUGUGACAAGAACAUGGAACUGAUCUGAACUGAACAAGACUUUUAUUGACUGUGAGGCUACUGAAAGGAUCAAUGGAUGCAGCACUUUGACUUGUAAACUGCUUUUGUGGUAUUGUGGAGUUGAGAUGGUGUAAUAUUCACAUCUGUGUGCGAAUUGUGUUCUCUCUCUUCUGAAGCUGUAAAAAACUGAAAGCUCUUUCCCCCCUAACAGGUUCCUGGCUACAACAUUACUGAUCAUUUCUGAUGUGAUGCUGUUUAUUUAGAGGGCUAGCCUGGUGCCUGAUCUGUUUGUGCUGUUUUGCCAACUCCUAUCGUCAUGUCAUGUUUGGCAUGACACUGGACAUACAAGUUGGCAAAAAAGCACAAUCAGAUCUGGCACCAGGCUAAUACAGGGCUGUACUCUAAGUCCAAAUAACAAACACACAUACACAACAUCAAUGAGUCAACAAGUCCAAAACAUUUAUUGCGACUUAAAGUCAAUAAUACAAUAAUAAUGUACAAAACCUCUUUAUUACAGGGGUAGGUAACCCUGGUCCUGGAGGGCCCCAGGCACUUCAUGUUUUUGAUUUAACCAACCUGGAAGACCAGGUAUGUUGAAUUUAGGCAAUUACUGAACUGAUCAAUUAGCUCAGUUGGUCCAGCGUGGUGCCUAGAUGGAUCAAAAUCCUGCUGUACCUGCGGCACACCAAGAACAGGGUUUCCUACCCCAGUUUUAAUAUAUACAUCAAAACAAGAAGACAUUUAUACAGCGCAGCGGUGAAACAGAAGAUGAAAUGAAAACAUGAGUUUAAAAACAGCCUGAAGCAGGCAGCGGUCAGGUCACCAGAAUUAUGGCAAAUUACAUUUCAAUUCAAACUGAAAUUAUUAAUUACAUUUGUUUUUCAUUAAAAAGCAUUGAGAAAAUGUUUUGUUUACUUCCGGCAUU